AUGGAAAUCCCACGACUUUCUGACGGAUUGAUAUUGCCAAUUGGAAAGGCUGCGUGUAGAGACGCCCUUGUCUCUGUACGCCUUCCUAACAUGUUUGUGCUCUUUUUAUCGGAGAAGCCAGCAACAAACACGUAUUAUGAAAUGGUAAAGCAGGAGUCCGAGCUAUGGAUAGCAAGGAUAUGCGCGUUUGGCGACAGGACUCGGAGGACUAUAACGAAAUGUGAUUUUUCGUACUUUUGCUCAAUUGUAGUACCGGAUGCUUCGCCUUUGGAGCUCCAGACAAUAUGUGAUUGGGGUAACUGGGUCUUCCCGUUCGAUGAUAUGUUUGAUAAUGGAGGUCUAAAAGAUGACCCUAUACAAGCUCAGCAAUUGGUCAACAGCCUCUUAAAUGGUAUGCAAGAUAAUGGGACUGUGUCAGACGAUAGCGAAGAGCACCCUCUGGUUCAGGUCCAUAAUUCCGUAUGGCGUCGCCUUGCCAAGGCUUCUCCAGUUGGUGUCCGUCGCAGGUUCGCAAAGGCUAUGAGAGAUUAUUGCAAUGGCGCCAUCGAACAAGUCCACAGUUGUUCUAGGGGCGAAUACCCCACACUCGACGAGAUGCUCGCAUUACGUAGACAGUCUGCCGGAGUUUCACCUCUCUUUGCCCUAGUUGAGUAUGGUCACAAGCUCCAUAUCCCAGACUCAGUCUUCGAGACUAGAAGCAUCAAAGAGAUAGAAAGAAUCGGCAUUGACCUAGUCCUACUGCAAAACGACAUUCUCUCGUAUUGCAAAGAAGAGAAAGAAGGUGUAAGUCACAAUAUGGUUGCCAUUUGUCGACGUGCGGGCAUGCCCGCGCAGAUGGCCUUUGACCACAUUGGCGGUAUGCUCCUUUCUCGUUAUCAUGACUGGUACCUUGCGCUAGCAGACCUACCCAGUUGGGGCGAGUGUAUCGAUUCGGAGGUUCAGCAAUACAUUCGUGGAGUACAGAAUGUUGUCAAAGCUAAUCUUCACUGGAGCUUUCGCUCCGGACGAUACUUUGGAGAGGCGAAUGAAGAGGUCCGAAAAACUGGCAGCGUUACCGUCCAAGCACAGAGUGCUGAUGUUGAGUUGUCAAUUCUCUAA